AUGGGGCUAUCCAAUUUGUUUGCUUCUCGUCUCCUAGGCGGGCGCACCGAGUCUGUUCACGACUAUGCCGGCGUGCUCGUGUCGCUGGAGGAGGCCCACCUGCACUCACACUCUGCGAGGACUGGCAAGUGCGAGUUUGAGGAGGUCCGCGAAGACGACGAGGAGCAGGAGAGCGACAGACUGGUUGACGAGGAGGGCGCUGCCAAGGAUGGCGAGCACGAGGACAAUGAGGAGGGUGCCGGCAUGUUGCAGAUGAGCGCGGCCGAGUAUAGUAUUGAGGGCUUGAGGAGAGCAGUGCGCAAGGACGAGAGAGGCCAAAAGGCUACCGAAUAUGAAUUAAAAUCAAAGCUCAUUAACAAGGCUAUACAAGAUAUCGGAAUGGGAAAGUAUAAUUGGCAAUUGUUUGUGUUGUGUGGAUUUGGAUGGUUUGCCGACAACCUUUGGAUGCAAGGCAUAUCAUUGACAUUGCCAUCUCUGUCACAAGAGUUUGAUAUUUCCGAGAAACGCGUAAGGUAUACAACCAGCGCGCUAUUUGUUGGCUUAUGUAUAGGAAGUUUCUUCUGGGGUCUUGGAGCCGAUAUAUUGGGCCGCAGGGUGGCUUUCAAUCUCACAUUACUCAUUACUAGCAUCUUCGGCACCUGGGCGGCUUAUGGAUCAAGCUGGGGUUGGACCUGUGUCCUCUUUGCCUGUAUGGGCACCGGCGUAGGAGGAAAUCUGCCUGUCGAUGGCGCUCUCUUCUUGGAAUUCCUGCCGGAUGCCUCAAGUGCCUUGCUGACACUGCUUUCUGUCUGGUGGCCCGUUGGCCAAUUGGCCUCAUCACUGGCGGCCUGGUAUUUUAUUACGACGAGACCUGUGGAUGAGGGCUGGCGAUCUUUCGUCUUUGCCAUAGGAGUCGUCACUUUUGUCAUGUUUCUCAUACGUUUCUUCAUCUUCCAUCUUUUGGAAUCUCCAAAAUAUCUCCUAUCGAAGGGGCGUCAGGCAGAGGCCGUGGCGGUAGUUCAUGCCAUUGCCUACCGUAAUGGAGCCAAAACCUGGUUGACGGAAGAGAUACUUGACGCCGUAGCAGAAACAGAAGCUACCGCCGAGCCAGUCACCCGACUCUCGACUCGCAACAUCAUUAGGCAAAACCUAUCAGCUUUCUCCGGCGAUCACCUGCGACCUCUCUUCAAUAAUCGCAAACUCGGCAUGGCCACUAUUUUAAUAUGGUUUUGCUGGGCAACUAUUGGAUUGGGCUAUCCUCUAUUCAACGCAUUUCUACCUCAGUAUCUUUCCCACGGUGGUGCUUCUCCGCCGUCUGAUACUGACAGUACCGUUGCGGGUGCUGAUAGCGCGACGACAUAUCGAAACUAUGCCAUUAUAUCCAUGGUCGGCGUGCCUGGCUCGCUUCUGGCGGCAUACACAGUGGAUCACAAAUCGCCGUAUCUGGGACGCAAGGGAACCCUCGCAAUUGCCACACUGGUGUCUGCCAUUUUUCUCUUCUUCUUUGUCACCUUUGGCACUACACCAAACAGCCAGCUCUUCUUCACUUGUGUUGAAGCAUUUACGCAAAAUAUCAUGUAUGGUGUAUUGUACGCUUUUACGCCCGAGAUAUUCCCAGCCCCAGUCAGAGGAGCCGGGACGGGUGUUGCCAGCUUCCUCAACCGCAUGACCGGGCUCGUGGCGCCUGUUCUUGCCGCGACUAUCCCUGGCGAUGGGACGAAGCUGCCGAUUUAUCUAAGUGCAAUCUUGAUCUUGGCUGCCUUUGGAGGAAUGUGCUUGAUACCCAUCGAGACUAGAGGGAGGCAGAGAUUAUAG